CGGCAUGCGGCGUGAGGCCCAGCGGGUCCUGGAUGCAGUCCUUCGUGGAUCGCUGCGAGGAGCUGCUGGGGGAGAUGAGUCCGCGGGAGCUGGCGGGGCUGCCGGUGUCGCUGGCUCGUCUGGGCGCCCAUCCGGGUCGCUCCUGGCUGGGGACCUACCUGGAUGUGUUGCAGGAGCGUGAGGCCGAGUUCAGCCAAGCGGAGGUAUCGGAGGCCGUCCGCGCAGUUGCCUCCCUGGACCGACCCUUCCUGCUUGCAUGGCGCCAGGCAGCCAUGCUGAGGCGGCAGGAGCAGGAGCGGGAGAGGCAGCAGCAGCAGCAGCAGGCACGCGCUGCUGCGGCUGCGGCAGCAGCUGCUGAAGGAACGGAGGCGGCUCAUGCAGGAAAGCACCAGCAGCAGCACCACCAGCAGCAGCUUGAGCGAGAGGAGGAGCAGCAGGAGGAGCCGCAGCAGCGGUCCCCUGCAGCAGCAGAUGCGCUGGCGUCCGUUGAUGAGAUGCUGUCCCUGCCGUACGACAACUACGCAGUGUUCGAGUCAGGAGGAGAUGUCGUACAAUCGGAGGAGGCGGGUGAUGUCGUACCGGUCCUUCCGCCCAUGCACCCCAAGCAGUUGAGCAUGGAAGAGUCCGCACAAAAGACUCCCGACCAGCCGGGUUCGGGCGACCAGGGCAGCAGCGACCAACGCAACAGCAGCAGCCUGCCACCCCUGCAGCCAUCGCCCUCCGCUGUUGCUGCCGUAAGGCCCAUUGAGCUGGAGGUGGAUUCGCCCUCGGACGAGGAAGAGGAAGAGUUGCGGAAGGCUGGCAGCCAUAACAGCAGCCCCGAGGGAGCCUCCAAGGCUUCGGCAGCGCCGGAGUCCGUGACGUCAGCACUGUCAUCGUCGUCGUCAUCAGCUCCCGCAAGCAGUCGUCAACUGCCCGGGAGCUACAGCAUCGACGGGUACUACAGCCCGACAUCGUACGACGAGUACGGAUACCUGUACGGCGAUGAAGAUGAGGCAGAAGAAGAGGAGCAGGCGGAGGCGGAGGUGGAGGCCGUGGUGUCACCCGUAGUAGAAGAAGAGGAGGAGGAGCAGCAGCAGGUGGAGGAAUCUGCUGACAAGGAGGAGGACGCCCAAGCGGAGCCCAACACAGUAGAAGCAGAAGCGCAAGCGGAGGUUGAGGUAGGGCAGCAGGAAGAGGAUGAGGGCAGCAGAGAGGAGGAAGAAGGGGAGGGCGGAAACAACGUGGACGUCACGCACCAGCAGCAGCAGCAGCAAGGGGCCGAACGUCAGCCGCUGCUGAGUGCGGAGGAGCUAGCGCGGGCGCGAGCUCUGCGGUCGCUGCUGCUAGAGCGUUACGAGGCGGUCGAGGAGGCUGUGCGGGAACACCAACAGUUGCAAGCGCUGCAGAAGCUGCAGCAGGAGCAGCAGCAGAAGCAGAAGCGCAGACGCUGGUUCGCGGGACCGUCACCGUCGAAGGAGAAGGAGCAGGAGAAGGAGGAGGAGGCGGUGGCGGUGGCGGAGGCGAAGCUCAGGGCGGCAAGGGAGCAGCUGCAGAGGCUGCAGUCGGAUUUUGCGAACUUCAAGCGACGUGCCCAGACGGAGCGGGAGCAAGCCACCGCUCGCGCCAAGGCCGACGUGUUAAAGCCGCUGCUGGGAAUUGCGGAUAACUUUGCGCGUGCCGCGACCCAGAUCAAACCCAAGAGCGGGGGCGAGCGCGCCGUACACGAGGCGUACCAGGCCAUCAACGCCCAGCUCACGCAGCUGCUGAGGGAGCAAGGCCUGGAGGAGGUCGGCGAGGAGGGCGAGAUGUUUGACCCAAACCUGCACGAGGCUGUAAUGCGCGAGGACAGGGACGACGUGGAGGACGGCACGGUGACUUGCGUCUUCCAGAAAGGAUAUCGGAUUGGCGAGCUGCUUAUUAGGCCGGCGCUUGUGAAGGUUGCGUAUCGCUAGGGGACUACGACUUUUGCUGACGAAUGCUAACAUCGCUGCCUUUUGUGUUGCAGUUGAGUUUGUGUUUAGUUGCUGGAGUAGGGAUUGUUGGCAUUUCCAUAGUGCAUUUUCUACUAAGCCCAAGGUGCGCUGAGAUGCGGCUUAGUGCUUGGCGCCAUGCAUGACAAAUUGUACGGAAGAAUUGUAAGGACUGCUUCCGCGACGAUAUAAAAAUCGCUUUGUUUCUUUACUUUCCAUCUACCUAGUGAUUCUUCUAUAUACUUAUCUUAAAG